AUGCUGCGCGUGUCCCUCCUCCAAGACGUGGAGAAGCGCGCGCUGCGGCGCCGGAAGGAUGGAUACACGCAAAAGAGCAACAGACCAACGCAGAAUGAUAAAGACGAGCUGAACGAAAUUAUAAAUGAGUUGCCAAAGUUGCACGAACGAAACGACAAGGAAGUGAUGUCCGCUUUGGUGACGAGUUUCCUCGAGAGGAACCCUAAGAGUAUCCUUGCAUACGAGCUCUUCAGUAAGUUUUACUUGAAGAUAGGGGACUACAAGUCUGCUCUAAACCUACUUUAUGCUGCCUUGUACCUGGACCAGAAAAAUGAUAAGCUGGUGAGCUUGCUCAGGCUGUGUGAGGAGCGCCAGGUGAGAAAGGAGGCAAGGAUCCCCAACAAGUACAAGGAGAGGAUUUGCUACCAGGAGAGGCGGAAGGAACUGCCCUUGCCAUUACCCUUGGCGGGGGGGUUACAUUUGAGCGGUGAAGGCAGGGGAGGAAGCAGCCGUGGUAGCGACGUUGAAAGCAGCGGUGAUAGCAGUGGUAGAAGCGAUGGAAGUGACCUCGCCGGAGAGCGGUCCGCCAGGGGCAUCAGGACCCCUCUGCACCCCGUCAAGCAGCUCGUGGUGCUGGCCAAGAGGGACAUGGAGCCAGGAGAUGUGGUCCUUCAAGUCAAGCCACUAAUACUAACCCAGCAAAUCUUCUGCGACAGCUACGUCUACCCAACCUGUUACCACUGCCUGAGGGAAAGAAAUUUGUCGAGCAAGUGUUACCAAUGUCCAGUGAACCCACACACAUGCAAAUACAUUUUUUGCAGCUGGAACUGCUUUGCUAAUAAUAUGAAGGUGCACAAGGAAGAGUGUCCUAUCCUUGCUACCAUCUGCGCUGCUGCUAAGGAAGCAAACCUAAUGCUGCACCUUGUACUUCAUAUAUUUCGUGUGCUGAUCAAAUUAAGAAUUGACAAGGAGUACAAGGACAAGGAGCAACAUAUUCUACACGACCUCUUCUUGAAUAAAUCUUUUUAUGAAGUUGUUAGAGACAACCAAGUGGAGAUAUUCAAUUCAUUUAACACAUUAGCUAAUAGGAUAAUAUUAGAAUUUCCUUCUUCCUUUUACCUUCACUUGAAGCAGAAGGAGCUUGUGGAAUUUAUGUUAAUCGUGUGGCAAUACUCCCUCUCCAUUAAGUAUUACUCUCCGUCUUCAAUUAUUAAGCAAGCGAACCCUGAAACCACAUUCGGUUUAGUGUUCUCUCCUGAAGUCACUAAACUUCAUCACAGCUGUGUUCCUACCUGCUCCUUCCACUAUGAUGAAGGGGGAAUUCUAACAGUGAGGUCCAUAUGUAACAUCCCUCAAGGAGGCAAACUGUGCAUAAGUAUUUUGUCCGACCCCUAUCUACCCCUUAGUGUUAGAAAGAGCUUUCGAGGAAUGGCUCGUAUUUUUAGUUGUGGGUGCAUUAGGUGCACCGACUCAACCGAAAAUAAUUUGCACCUUAGAAGUAUGAAGUGCCCAAGGUGCAUUAUCGGCUAUAUCUACCCCAUGAAGACAGAGGCGCUGAUUGAGGCGCUCAAUAUCGAGGGGGAAGAAGAGGAUAGGAAGCGUGGUAAGGGAGAUGUCAUUAGUGAAGGAAAGGUAGAGGAUGGUGCAGAAGGUAGGGUGAAGGAAGUGAGACGCAAAUUGGAGGGACAACCAGAACGAUGGUUGUGCUCAAACUGCGGGAAGGUGUCCCUCCAGGGGAACAAGAGGUGCGUUCGCCUAGAGAAAAGUAUUUACGCCCAGUACGAAGAAGCGGAGAUGAAAUAUAUGCAAGGGGACAUAAUUCAAGCAAAGAAGAAACUUUUACAAAUACACAACGAGGUACAGUACCUAUUGCACCCGAACCAUCACAUCCUAUUUAAUGUAUACACGUUACUAGCAGGUUUAAUGAGACAAGAUCCUAAUCGAGCAUUGCAUGAGUCCCUAAUCUUUUUACGUAAAGCAGUAAUAGCAGCGGAGAAUGUUCUUCCUGUGUGCUCACUGGAAAAAGUUCACCUGUAUGCACAUCUGGCUCAUUACACUUUCAACUAUUCGAAUCAAUGCAAGUUGUACAUGAAGACAGGGUAUAGUAUAGAUGCAGAAUCUGUGAUAGAACCCAUUUUUGCAUCUAUAUGGAAUUCAGUGGUGAUAACAGGAUAUAAUUCAACCCUAACCAUCACGCUAAUUCAACAGAUGAGGACCUAUGCCACCUGCUUCAACGUGUACAGUCCCUACAACGAAAUACAAUUUUGCAUUAGCAACAGGGAACAGUUUAGUAAGUUUUAUCAUCAUGUGACACAAAAAAAAAAUGAAUCGCAAAAGAAAAUUAAAAAAAUAAUGAAGGAGGAUCCAUUCUACCCAAUCUACAUGGCAUGCCAAUGUGAUGACCUCGAUUAUAAAAAAGAAAAAUAUGUGUCUCACAUAUUCAAAUUGUUUAAAAAUAUGCAGUACGCUGGUAAUGGACUAAAUGCACUCUCCAUUGCUGCAUCGUUCGGCAAUGUCAAAUUGGUAAAGAUGCUUCUAAAGUUAAAUUACUCUCCUUUUUAUAAAAAUGAAUUACAUAUGAAUGCUCUUCUGCACAUGGCCAGUUCAUUCCUUCCAUCUGAUCAUCACAACCAUUACUCCAAUUACAUACCCAUUUUGUUAGAAGAAAUCGCAUCUCAGCAUGUUCAGCUCGAUCAUUUUGAAGAUCAAUACAGUACCUUAUUGCAUGGGGGGGGAGACAUACCAACAAGUACAGCAGGGGGUGCGAGCAUAAUGUGUGUGAAAAAUGGUUACACCAAUUUGUACCAGUGGACAAACGAUAUGGAGAGACCCUUUCCCUUCGGCGACCUCCUCCAAGAUGAGGAAUUCACUUAUGGACCAGCUAGCUGUAGGGUAGACACAAACCAGAAAAUUAUUCUCACCAUUCUUCUAAAACAUUUAGAUGCAAAACAAAUGUAUAAGCGUAGGAAGUACAAGGACAAGCUGCGAUUUAAUGAAAGCGUUCACCUCGCCUCUGAAGGAAGGCAGCACGAGAGAGACCUACAAUGA